UCUCGUUGCGUCUGUGUGUGUGUUUGUGAACGUAACUUAGAUAAGUAAUAAUAUCUAAAAUAUAUAUAUAUAUACGUAGAAAUAUUAAAGAUAUCAGGCCUGUUGCAGACGAGUCAUUUUACUCCGAAAGGUGCCGGAAGUACUUGUCAUACGAAGUCUCACCGACUUGUCAUGUAGAACUGUGUGGCUAACGUGGCUGUAGUCUGUUUGGGAAGAAGAGGGAUCUUUAAGGGCAUAUCUCACCGUCUGUCUGGUGACACGAGACAGCUUCGGGGACGUGAUUUGAAAAGAUAAUGCCGAACACUUUAGGCCCGUAGAACGUCUUCCCGGCUGUCUAAAAAAACAGUAAAGACAGAGAAGAAAAAACGGCUACCGCUACAACCACAACAUGGACUCGGCGGCUACAGCGAAGUGAGGGACCAUUUAUACCCCACUGUAGACUGCAGUUGUCCACAUUUCCGCAGCGGCUAAACGGCCGAAAACCACGGGAAGCUACUUGCAUGUUUUGAAGCGACAGAGGUGGACUUCCUAGCUAUUUCGUCGUCAUUUUUCAGUCAUGACACCGCUUCCAAUGACCAAUGCUAACCGACCCCGGAGCCUUUUGUGUUCCAUGUACUCCUAAUAGUUUUCUGGGCAUUUCAGUGUUUUACACUCGACAGUCAUGUUCACUGUCCGCAUUGUUACCGCCGACUAUUACCUGGCAAAACCCAUCAAGGACCUGGAUGUUUGCUACUCUGACUUCAGGGAGAGCGAAGUAAGGAAAGUACCGGUAGUGAGGAUAUUUGGAGCAACACCCGCGGGUCAGAAGACAUGUCUACACCUCCAUGGAGUUUACCCAUACGUCUGCGUGCCCUACGAUGGCCACGGGCAGCAGCAGCAGGAGCGCUACAUGCGACAGGUAGCCUUUAGCAUCGACCGGGCCCUCAAUGUGGCCAUGGGGAACCCCACGUCCGGCACAAAGCACGUCUUCAAAGUGGUCCUGGUCUCUGGCAUACCUUUUUAUGGCUAUCAUGCCAAAGAGAAGCACUUUAUGAAGAUCUAUCUGUUCAAUCCACAAAUGGUCAAAAGAUUGUGUGAGCUGCUGCAGAGUGGAGCGGUGAUGAACAAAAGUUUCCAGCCCCAUGACGGACACAUCCCCUUCCUCCUGCAGUUUUUUAUAGACUACAACCUGUACGGCAUGAACCUGAUAAACCUGGGAGCUGUCAAGUUUCGCAGAAGCUCGAACAAAGACAGGCAACCUCACAUCAGUCCUCCCAGUGUCAGUCCUCAGAAGAGCCCCUGUACCUAUAAGCCUAAUGACACCACCCUGGGAGGAACAUUUGUACGAUGGGAGGAGAAUACAAUACCUUGCUCCUUGAUUCUAGACGAGGUGCCGAGGCAGAGCACGUGCGAACUCGAGGUUGAUGGUGUUGCUGUUGACAUCCUCAAUAGGUUGGAAGUAGAAAACCAGAUUGGACGGAAUCCUGGACUACAGGCUAUUUGGGAGGAUGAGAGGCAGAGGAGGAGAGAGAAGGACCAGACUUCACAGAUAGCAACACCUGAGUCACAAGAACGAGACUUGGUCACGUCACCUGAGAGCCAAAACAUCUUCAUGAAAAGACUGAAAGAGAUUCUCAAGGAGAAUGAUUUCGAUGUGACGCAGGCUUCUUCCACAGGUGAUAGUGAAGAUACUCAAGAGGAUAUUCUUAGUGACCUCACUAUCUACCCUUCGGCCCCCGAGGGGAUUCAUUGUUCCCCAGUUAGUGCUGUCGAGACACAUAUGGAUUCACAGCAAGACUCCGCAACGAGGAGAAGUGGUACAGUCCAAGAGGAAGCUUUGGUAGAUGAGGAGAAAAUUCUGAGCCUACUGGAGAACAGUCAAUCCUUCCUGUCAUUCUCACAUCCAACCUCCAACCACUCACCUCGCUUAAACAACAGCCAGGACAAUGCCAUCAUUGAUCUAUUGGCAGGUCUGGAGGACGACGGUUUCUACAGAACUCCAGUCAGGCCAAAUUUCCAGUCCCAGUCUUUUACCGGUGCCAGAAGCUACCAGUACAACAGUGAUGAAGAGGAAGAAGGACCAGAUCUGGAAAAGGAAGAGUCAGAGCUCAGUGUGUUGAUGUCACAGAGAUGGGACACAGAAGAGACUGUCGGUCCAUCUUUACCAAGGUCAGCUCUUCAGGAGACAGAGGACAGCUUUAGUGAGGAACAACGGGAGUCUUCUGAUGAAGAUAUGGAGUGGAGCGGGGAAAACUCUCAAUUCAUCAACUUGUCGAUACCUCAGCUCGAUGGGGCGGCGGACGAAAACAGUGAUUCCUCCCUAACAGACAACAGUUCAAGCAGCCAGUCUUCUCCCAUAACGACAGAAAAGAUGCUGGGCAAAGGAAAUCUGUUACCUGGCGAGACUAUUCAAUUUGAUCCACCUACUUCGGCUAACAUCCUCCUGAAGUGCACACACUCUGACCACAGACCAGGUCAUCCAUUGGACGCAGAACAACAACUUGAAAUGCACCGUGAAUCAAAAAGCGCCCAAGAUGGCGGUAGUGAAUGUUCAUCAGGUUUAAAGCUUAAUAAACAAAUCCCCUACAUCCCGCCAGUCAAGCAUCCUAUCCCGUGCAAAAUGCCCAACCACGAUGCGCCUCCCGCGUGUGUAAAAAGUGAAGACAUCCGACCUCUUUACACUUUUGACAAGAAAAACACCAUCAACUUAGAGGACACGGGUGGUCAAACGUUUUCAUUUAGUAAAAGAAGACAACCAAUGUAUAGCGGCACAAAGAAUGUAGAAACAGACUGCCUAUCGAUUCUUCAAAACCACAGGACAUUUUCUCUCUGUUACUCGGAGCUAAGGAACGGCACGUCAAAGACGGAAUUGGAAUUCAGCCAGAAAGAUCGCAAAAGUCCCAUCCUGAUGAACAUCUCUUCGUCGCUGUCGACGUUAGAUGAGGACGGGUUCCUUGGUCGGCAGGCAAAAGAAAUUGCGGAAGAAAAUGAGGAAGGAGAUGUUGGUGAACUCAAAAUUAGAUACGAAGACUAUCAGGAAAACAAAUCGGAGAGCACCAUCGUAGCGCAGCAGGAAGCACACUACAAGUUCUUUCCGAGCGUAAUACUUUCGAACUGCCUACGUAGGAAAAAAGUUGGGAGCAAAAAGUUGAUCGAAAAGAAUGAUUCUGUUGGCAAACUAGUGGAGGCCCAGCCUUGUAGGUCGAGACUAAAACUGAAUAAGAAAAAGUUAGGAAUAACGGGGCAAAGAAACAGCCCUAGCCCUGUUGAAGAUUUAACCGUUGACAGUGAUGUUAGCAGUAGCCUCACCCCACAAAACGUGGAGACAGAGGCAGAGAUGUCAAGUUUGGUACAAAAUGGGGAGACAGAGGCAGAGAUGUCAAGUUUGGAUGUAAAUUCAGAAAAGGAUGAACCUGGAAAAGAGGGAAUUUUUACAGAGGUCAAAAUUGCAGAAGAGGAAGUGGAAAGCGCUCAGAAGCCUGCUAUUGAAGGGACAGAAACACUUGUAGAGAUGUCUUCCUCUGACUCACCAACCGUUUCCUGUUUGUCUGAAGAAACUAAAAUCCCAGUCGAGAGUCGGUGGGAUUUUCUGGAAGACGAGUCCCCAAAAGUCUCCGGCUCAAAACACCCAGCGCUAUUUAAUAGUAAAUACACCCUGAGGGCUAAACGGAAGAUGAUUUAUGAUCGUGUAAAUAAGGAAGAUUCAGUAUCAACUCGUUCUACAAAGCCAAACUUGGAUAGCAAGCAAAAGGACGGCAACGUCAUCAUUCGACAGGAUGUCAAAUACCAGAAAAGGCGCAAGAAGGAUCCGCCUAUCAUUAUAAAGUACAUCAUUAUCAACAGGUUCAAAGGACAGAAAAACAUGCUGGUGAAAAUGUCCAAGAUAAAUGCAAAUGAGCGAUCUGUGUUGCUCACUCCAGAAAGGCUUAGUCUUUAUAAUAAAAUUGCUCCUCUUAAGGAUUUCUGGCCCAAGGUACCAGAAUCCACCGCUGUCAGGUUUCCUGUUAUUGAACCAAAGGUCAAGAAACAAUCUAAAAGAAAGACGAGGGUAAAUUACUCUACCAAAAAAUCAGUAAGCAACACUUACAAGCCGCAAGUGAAGCAGGGUCGAAGGGCCAGCGGGACUAAAGACCACGUGAAAGGCUUGCGUUUAGCCUCUCUUCCGCCUCCACUGCCAUGUUACGGUGAACUUGCCGAGGACCAUGACACAGAAUACAACGAUGUAAUGGCAGAGUUGGGUUACCUUUCCGAAAGAUCCCAAAGUCCUACAGACUUAACACCUCCACGUUGUUGGUCGCCAAGUGAACCAUCAAUGGAAUGCCCAGAACAGCAAAUAAUCCCAAACAGGAAGGCAGGUUUUGUCGGGUCUUCAAUCAAACAAAAUAAGCGUCAAGCUGCCAGGAUACCAAAAUCGACUGACAGGAAAAGGAAAAUAAAGCCAUCGCUGGGUGAAGAGGAACCAAGAAAAGAACAUUUUAUGCAAAACCACAAGAGAAGUGCUUUCAGACAGAGAAAGAAAGCUAAAGAUGACCCUAAAGGUGUUGUCAGCGUAACUCCGACCACCUCUAAAAUGAAACGGCCUCGCAAAAAAACCAAAAGUACCAGUGAUAGCUCUCAGUUUCUUUCCCAAAAAGACGACCCACCUCCCUCUGAGAUGUUCUCUGAAGAAGUCCCUACGUUUCAGCAACCGGUGAACAACGACGACGGCCGGACCUGUCCUCAGUCUACGUUAAUGGAGUCUAAAUUAGUUGCGCAAUCUGUACAAACAAAGGUUGACGAAUGUGAGACUUCAGUUAUGGAGGUCAACCUAAGCUUUACACCACAGGUUCAGGUGAAGGAAGAAGGUUGCCAGACUACUGCCAUAAAAGUAGAGUCUUCACAGGUAGAGUGCACGGCGCCCCCUCUUGGUGAUCUGGUCGGAGAAGAGGACCGAAAAAAUGCACAAACAAAAUCGUUUCUGAGCACGGGACUGAGCGUCGGAGAACUUCCCUCAGGCUUGAAUGUCUUGAGGCAGCUUCUCCAGAAGAGGCAGCAGGCGCAGACCCUUCAAACGCAAACGGUCGGUACAGAUGGUCACAAAGGGCCGGCUCCUUCGAUCAAACGGGCAAAAUCCAGAAAGGUUUUAUCAACCACUCCUAAAAGACCCAAAGCCCAAAAAAGUACCACUCCUAAGACCGGCAAGCCGACUACUAAAACAGUUGCGAGAAGCAGCACACAGACAAACCUGUGCAUGAUGCACAAGGACAACCUGUCUGAUGAUGAGGUACUCGUUUUUUCAGAACCCGGUUUGGACACUUGCACUCUAAUGGAGGACAGCUUGUCACCGGAGCUCCCACACAACUAUAACUUUGAUAUAAAUGCCAUCGAUCAGUCCGAGUUCUCCAACUCUUACGGCGGCAGCCAGUUUGUCCUGACCGAUAAAAUUUUACCCGCUAAAUUUCUGAGCGAGGUAAGCCAGGAAGCUGAUCCGGCCCAAAUGCAAAGCUCCGCGAAGAAAUUUGAUUGGCAGAAAAGAAAGCCUCUGAGUCUCGAGCUCCUUGAUGCAUCUGAGAAUGUGGAGCUGGUAUCAAACCCCCUCAACUCCGAGAGGAACGAGAAAAAAGACUGGGAGUUUUCACCGUGUAAAUCCCACACCCUCAGUCCUUUUCAGGAUUUUUACUGCGAGAGAAAAGAGCUGCUCUUCUCCAUUCUGGAUCCGGUUGCACCGCUGCCUUUGAGUUCAGCGUCUUUCGUUGACCACGAGGGUUCAGCACUGGGGGACCCUCUGGAAGGCAUUGAUGGAUUAACUUCAACCACGCCCAGUAGCUCACCUCGAUCCCUUAGCUCACCGUCUCAGGUGAGGCCAAGUCAGCUAAUGCGAGGAAUGGGGGGAGGAGCCCACAUUCUCAAGCCACUCAUGUCUCCUCCAAGUCAGGACGAGAUCGUCAACAGUCUGGUCAACUUUGAAAUUUCCGAGGCUACGUACCAGGAGCCCUUCUGCAGCGAUCCCUCCGAUGCCCCAGGGAAACCAAUGGAAAUCGGUGGCUGUAGGCUCGUAGUGGGUACCAGACUGGCAAACGAGCUGGCAGAGUUCAGUGGAGACUUUUCUACCGAAGGUCUACUUUUCUGGAAGACGGCCUUCUCAGCUAUGACACAUCCUGCCACUGUUACCUCACCCUCUCGAACUAAGGGAGUCGAGGACUCGAAACCGAUCAAAGAUCAGGCCGAGGCUAAAUCGACUUCAACAAAGGAUAGCAAGAUCAUUCUUCUGCCCUGCAAAAACCCUCCAAACCAAGACGUCGUGCGCCUCUGGCUGGAAGCUAAGAAGCAAUACGAGUGUCUGCGAAAAAUGCGGAAAGACAGAGAAUUGCCAGAAAACACGAGGGCCGCUUCAGAUGACGAAGAGAAAACCGCUAAUAGAACUAGCACACCUACUGCCUCCCCCUGCUCGGCUGUGAAGGUUGAGUUAUCUGGAAAUGUUUCUGCGACCAGAGUUCAACGCCAGGGGAACCGACGCAACUCUUUAUUUACAUCUUCAGCGAGAAACGCAGGGUUUCAAAGCGUAGCCUCACAGCCAUGUCAGGGUUUAGACAAAAGCGAUGUUGAUUGUAAACAUGAGAAACAAGAAGAAGAAGAAGACGAAGAUGAUGACGAGAUUCCCGACCUGCCUCCCUGGCAGGAGAGCCGUCAGCAGAGUCCUUCCAGUCCACACUCGCAAAGUGAAAACAAGCAAAGUGAAAACUCUCUGGAACUAUUAUCACCAAAUCCUUGUAGUUCCUUUGACAGAUUAGGCAAUUACUUCAGUCCCCUAACGCCCCGUGCGGGCCGAAAGGAGGAGGAGGACAGCGGCAGUCCCCGUCUCCUGCACAGCACUCCCUUUCUAAGUCAGAGAGCCAAAGAACUCAAGCCAGAGUGCGGCACACCAAUAACUGCAGAGACCCCUGCCUCUCAGAGACUUCAGCAGAGGAGGAGACGUUGCACAGGCCCAAUGAGGAGGGUUUUGCUGACUACACAGAUGCAGAACCAGUUUGCUGCUGUCAAUGUGCCAAAGAAGGAGAAUUCACAAAUUGAAGGGCCCAGCAUUGGCAACUCUUAUGGCUUCAAACUCAGCAUUCACAACCUGCAGGAAGCCAAAGCUUUGCAUGAGGUCCAGCACCUAACACUCAUGGCCAUGGAGCUACAUGCAAGGAGCCGCCAUGACCUUGAAGCAGACCCUGAGUUUGACCCUAUAUGUGCCUUAUUUUACUGCCUCAGCUCUGAUGCCGCUUUACCAGGUGGAGACAGUACUGUGAUAACCGGUGCCAUCGUAGUGGACAAAGACCAUCAGAGCAGUGUCCAGGGCGACAAAUCAAGAGCGCCCCUGCUGAUCAGAUCGGGCAUCUCCGGGCUGCAGGUGGAUUACGCCACUGAUGAGAAGAUGCUGUUCCAGCAACUGAUCUGUGUCAUUAGAAGAUUCGACCCCGACAUCCUUCUGGGAUAUGAGGUGCAAAUGCAUUCCUGGGGCUACCUGCUGCAGCGGGCUACAGCAGUCGGAGUAGACCUGUGUCAACAGCUGUCACGUGUAACAGACGACUCCAAAGAUAACCACUAUACCGCAGACAGGGACGAGUACGGAGCCGAUACCAUGUCUGAAAUCCACAUCAUCGGCCGCGUUACCCUCAAUCUGUGGAGGGUGAUGAAGACUGAGGUUACACUAAACAACUACACUUUUGAGAAUGUCGCUUUUCAUGUGCUGCACCAGCGCUUUCCCCUCUACUCCCCUCGCACUCUGUCUGACUGGUUUGACCACAGCACUGACCUCUACAGGUGGAAGAUGGUCGACCACUACAUGAGUCGAGUGUGUGGCAUCAUGCAGCUUUUGCAGCAGCAGGAUAUCAUCGGUAGAACAAGCGAGCUGGCCAGACUGUUUGGUAUUCAAUUCCUCCAUGUCCUGACUCGAGGGUCCCAGUACCGCGUUGAGUCUAUGAUGCUUCGUGUGGCCAAGCCGCUGAACUACAUUCCUGUGACUCCCAGUACUCAACAACGUGCCCAACAGAGGGCGCCGCAAUGCAUCCCACUGGUCAUGGAGCCCGAGUCGCGCUUCUACAGUAAUUCAGUGAUCGUACUGGAUUUCCAGUCCCUCUAUCCUUCCAUUGUUAUCGCAUACAACUACUGCUACUCCACUUGCAUGGGCCAUGUGGACAGCCUUGGAAUGUCUGAUGAGUUCAAAUUCGGCUGUUCCUCUCUGAGGGUUCCACCUGAGCUCCUCCACCAGCUUCGCAACGACAUCACUGUGUCGCCCAAUGGCAUCGUCUUUGUCAAGGCUGCGGUGCGUAAAGGAGUCCUGCCCAGCAUGCUGGAGGAAAUCCUUAACACACGCAUCAUGGUGAAGCAGUCUAUGAAAAGCUACAAACAGGACAAAGCCUUGACCAAGCUGCUCCACGCCCGUCAGCUCGGUCUCAAGCUCAUCGCCAACGUAACCUUUGGCUACACGGCAGCCAGUUAUUCUGGCCGCAUGCCCUGUGUUGAGGUUGGAGACAGCAUUGUGCACAAAGCCAGAGAAACACUGGAGGGAGCCAUCAAAAUGGUCAACGACACUAAGAAAUGGGGAGCUCGUGUUGUGUACGGUGACACGGACAGCAUGUUCGUUUUGCUGAAGGGAGCAACCAAAGAGCAGGCAUUUAAGAUCGGCCAUGAGAUCGCUGAGGCAGUAACCGCAACCAAUCCCAAACCUGUCAAACUGAAGUUUGAAAAGCUCUACCUGCCCUGCGUGCUACAGACAAAGAAGCGUUACGUGGGCUACAUGUAUGAAAGUCUGGAUCAGAAGGAUGCAGUGUUUGACGCUAAGGGGAUUGAGACAGUGCGCCGUGACAACUGUCCAGCUGUUUCCAAGGUUCUUGAGCGUUCCAUUAAGCUGCUGUUUGAGACACGGGACAUCAGCCAGGUCAAACAGUUUGUACAGCAUCAGUGUGUGAAGGUACUGGAUGGCCGGGCAAGCAUGCAGGACCUGACUUUCGCCAAGGAAUACAGAGGGAGUGGCUCCCUUCAGCCUCGGGACUGCGUGUCUGCACUGGAGCUCACCAGGCAAAUGAUGGCGUACGACCGACGCCUCGAGCCUCGCGUGGGCGAACGGGUUCCGUAUGUGAUUGUGUAUGGCACACCAGGGGUGCCCCUCAUCCAGCUAGUGCGUCGACCCAUGGAUGUCCUGCAGGACCCCAGUCUUCGACUCAACGCCACCUACUACAUCACCAAGCAAAUCCUCCCGCCUCUGGUCCGCAUGUUCCAACUGAUUGGAGUAGACGUGUUCAGCUGGUACCACGAACUGCCCAGGAUCCAAAAAGCUUCAUGCUCCUCAGCAAUGAAAGGAGAGGAUGCUGGGAGGAAGGGAACCAUCUCUCAGUACUUCACUACACUCCACUGCCCCGUGUGUGACCAGCUGACCCAGCUGGGCGUUUGCUCCAGUUGCCGCACUGAACCGCAAAGAGUCGCCGUCACCCUCAACCAGCACAUAAGACAAUGGGAGAGUCAGCACGAGCAGCUGCUGAAGAUUUGUCGAAACUGCAGCUGCAGCGUGGAGCGCCACAUCUCUUGCGUGUCCCUCGACUGUCCCGUCCUCUACAAGCUGUCCCGGGUCAACAGACAGCUCUCCAGGGCCCCCUACCUGCGACAACUGCUGGAGCAGUUCUGAUUGGUGGAGUUCAGCCCAAUGGCUAAUUUGUGUAAAGGAAAGAGAGAGAGAUGCAAACUCUCCGUGGAGGGGACGUUACCAGCACUGUAGUAGCUUUGAGGAACCUACCGGAAAGUUCUCACAAAGUCGCAUGCAUUUUUUUUCUACAUCAGGCAGGUGUGUAAAUACGUCCUGUACAGACAACUGAAGCGCAAGCAUUAACGCAUUUUCGUCCCCCCUACCUGAUUGUACUGACAUUCAUUUGCAGUGGAUUUGACACAUGAGAUUGUGAUUCUUUUCAACCAGGGACUGUUGCAAUACUAGGUUCUGAUCCUUUGUGUCCUGGAAAGCUAUAUUAUUUCGUUGUUCAUAUUGAUUUUGUGUACUUUUUUUUAAAAUUCCCUGUGCUCAAAAAAAAAACCCCAACCCAAAUCAGUUGGAUUUGAACUGUGGUUCUGAGAUGUGUGUAAGCAGACGCUGUUUAUGUGUAAAAACAAAAUGUUCUAAACUGAUAAUAAAGACGUUUCUUUGUGUUUAAAA